AUGACCAACAUGUUGAAUGCCUACCAGCCGCUGACGAUGUGGGACGUUGUGCACCCGUCCUAUUGGUACCCCUUGACUAGCCUUGAGCAAUCGUUGAUGGACUUGAACGCCCUGUCAAAUGUGGACAUGCCCGUGCAAACUUAUUGCAUCAUGGAGGCCAUCCCGCCAUCGACUUCCGACGAGCCAGACGAUUUUUUCCGCGAUUUACCGGUUGUGGCUCAAGGCUCCCCGGAGACCAAGGAUGUGUCGACCAACGCUGAUGACAAAGCUCAAUCGUUCAGCUACUCGUACUCUAGCUCGUCCGUGGCGGAUGACAAGGGCUGCAUCGUGCAGAGCAUCCGACGCCGCUACGAAGAUGCCAGCGGGCGGUUGAAGGCGACACACGAACGCCGGUUGCCUGGGAAGAAAGUGGUGACGACGUGGCAAAAGGCAGGCAAGGACGAUGAGGGAAAGCAGGACACGAUUUGUUCCGAAGGCACAACGAAGGACGAGUUCGACGAAGAAUGGAAGAUGACGCCCUUUGCCAAGGCCAAAGUACAGAAAACCAUUGGGGGGGAGCAAACUCAAGAGAAAAUAUGCAAGCCACAAGAACAGCCGCCGCUCGAGGGGGAAUCGAAACCAGCCGGGGAAAAAGUGGGGGAGGCCUUGAAGGGCGCUGCGGCGAAAGUGGGGGAGGUCCUGAAGGACGCUGCGGCGAAAGUGACGAAUUCGGCGUGA